UUGUUGCCACUCCACCUCAGGGCGACAAGCGAGCAAGCGCACCGCUCUCCCUCCCCGGCCGCCAUAGCAGAGCAGAGCUUGCUGCUGCUGACUUGACACUGACACCAUCGUCCCUAAGCUAGCUAGCCUCUCAGUACGGUCCGUCCAGCAGCACACACGAUCGAACCGCACGCGCCCGUGGCAGCAGCAGCAGCAGCAGCAAUGGCGGGCGUGAAAGAUGCCGCCGGCGGCGAGUCGCUGAUGCAGCGGUGCAAGCCGUACGUGGCGAUGAUCUCGCUGCAGUUCGGGUACGCCGGCAUGAACGUCAUCACCAAGGUGUCGCUCAACCACGGCAUGAGCCACUACGUGCUCGUCGUCUACCGCCACGCCUUCGCCACGCUCUCCAUCGCGCCCUUCGCGCUCGUGCUCGAGCGCAAGGUCCGCCCCCGGAUGACGCCGUGGGUCUUCCUCCAGAUCUUCGUCCUCGCGCUGCUCGGGCCGGUGAUCGACCAGAACUUCUACUACGCGGGGCUCAAGUUCACCUCGCCGACCUUCUCCUGCGCCAUGAGCAACAUGCUCCCCGCCAUGACCUUCAUCCUGGCCGUGCUCUUCAGGAUGGAGAAGGUGAACCUGAAGAAGGCGAGGUGCGUGGCCAAGGUGGUGGGCACGCUCGUGACGGUGGCCGGCGCCAUGCUCAUGACGCUCUACAAGGGCCGCGUCGUCGAGAUGGUGUGGACCAAGCACAUGCACCUGCACGGCCCGCACCCGGCGGACGCCGCCGCCGACAAGGACUGGUUCACGGGCUCCAUUUUCCUCAUCAUCGCCACCCUUGCCUGGGCGUCCCUCUUCAUCCUCCAGGCCGCCACGCUCAAGAGGUACGACGCGCCGCUGUCGCUGACCACCCUCAUCUGCUUCGUGGGCACCCUGCAGGCCGUCGUCGUCACCUUCGUCAUGGAGCGCCAGACCUCCGUCUGGAGGAUCGGCUUCGACAUGAACCUCCUAGCCGCCGCUUACGCUGGCAUAGUGACGUCUAGCAUUGCCUACUACGUGCAAGGGCUAGUGAUCCAGAGCAGAGGCCCCGUCUUCGCCUCGGCCUUCAGCCCCCUCAUGAUGAUCAUCGUCGCCAUCAUGGGCUCCUUCAUCCUCGCCGAGAACAUCUACCUCGGCGGGAUCAUCGGGUCCGUGCUGAUUGUCGCCGGCCUCUACUCGGUGCUGUGGGGUAAGCACAAAGAGAACCUGGAGAAGCUCGAGGCACAGGCCAUGGAGAUCCCCGUGGCGAUCAAGGCCGUCGACGGCAACGGCAGGAUCAUGGAAAUCGUGGAGCUGGACGAGGUGCAGCUGGAGAAGGCCCAGGCCAACGCCGCAGUCGCCGUCAGGGUCCCCGCAGAGGAGGCCCGGAUGCAGGGCAAGGACCAGGCUUAAGCUACAGGAGAUGGCAUCAUUUUAGCCUCCUGCUUUUGUGCGUCCUCUUCUCCCCAUGAUAGAUGUUGUAGUGUGGGGCGACCUGAUGCAUGCUUUAAGCAAUGGUAGUAGUAGUAGUGUAGUAGUGCCAAGAUGGAAGCUGAGGAGGAUGCAAUAUAAUGAUGAUGGGGAGUUUUGUAACCUCUCCUGCUAAGCAGAUGCUGCCAGUCUGAGAGAAUCACCUCUUGUACUACCAUCUACACCUUGAAUCAAUGGUGACAUUUGUAGCAUUAUGUGUCUCA